GGGUCAGACAGACCCCAGGCCGAAUAACGCCAGACGGUCAGGCGUCGCUAGUCGCAGUCCCGCGGAUACCACCCCAAAGCCCGUCGUCGGAAACUCGCUCUCGAGUCGUCUUCAUCCUUGUCCUCAACACCGUCCUCGUUCUCAGCGUCACGCCGAUCGACCUAAUCCGUGCGAGUUAAUUCGGAAAGAAAAGGACAAGCGGGGACUGAGGCGAGGAGCACUGCAGAGACAUGGAUAAUGUACAAGUGAUCGGCACUAAAAUCACUGCAAUCAAGGAAUACUUAUAUAACUUUGCCAGGACCCAUUCCCCAACGAGAAUCAUGAGUUCCGAAAACACAUACUCCCUCUCUAGGGAGCACUGCAAUCUUAAAUAUUCUGAUAUUCUGCCUCAAAAUGUCGAAGGAUAUCCAGCCACGAAAGAAUUUUUAAUGAAAGUAGUCGACAUCUUACUAGAUUUCAUUAAAUCAACGAAUGAUCGGAACUCGAAAGUUUUGGAUUUUCAUCAUCCAUCUGAAAUGAUUCAACUACUUGACUUGGAAAUACCUGACACUGGGGUCACCUUGCAACAGCUUCUUAUUGAUUGCUCAACAACUCUAAAAUAUCAAGUAAAAACAGGACAUCCGCAUUUUUUCAAUCAACUCUCUUGUGGCCUAGAUCUUGUGUCUAUGGCUGGCGAAUGGCUCACUGCAACCGCCAAUACGAACAUGUUUACUUACGAAAUAGCUCCAGUUUUUAUUCUCAUGGAAAAUGUGGUCUUACAAAAAAUGCGUGAACUUAUUGGCUGGAAUACUGGUGACUCAAUUUUAGCACCGGGAGGAUCCAUCAGCAACCUGUACGCUUUUCUUGCCGCCAGACAUAAAAUGUUUCCUCAGUACAAAGAGCGAGGCCUUGCGACAGUUGGAGGUCAGCUUGUGAUGUUCACUUCUGAUCAAUGUCAUUAUUCCGUAAAAUCCUGCGCUUCGGUUUGUGGCCUAGGCACUGACAACUGCGUAAUGGUGCCCAGCGAUGAACGAGGUCGCAUGAUUCCUUCUAAACUCGAAGAAUUAAUUUUGGAACGCAAAGCUAAGGGUCACAUACCGUUCUUCGUGAGUGCUACUGCAGGUACAACGGUCAUUGGAGCAUUCGAUCCGAUAUCUGAGAUUGCCGAUAUUUGCCAUAAAUAUAAACUGUGGUUACAUAUAGACGCGGCUUGGGGUGGUGGACUGCUUCUAUCCAGGAAGCACCGACAUCCGCAGUUGACAGGUAUUGAGCGAGCUGAUUCGGUAACCUGGAAUCCUCACAAACUCAUGGGAGCUUUGUUACAGUGCUCAACUAUUCAUUUCAAAGAAGAAGGUCUGUUAAUUAGUUGCAACCAAAUGUCUGCAGAGUAUUUAUUCAUGACUGAUAAAUUAUAUGAUGUAAAAUAUGAUACUGGUGAUAAAGUUAUCCAAUGCGGUCGACACAAUGACAUCUUCAAACUUUGGUUACAAUGGCGCUCCAAGGGUACCGACGGCUUUGAAAAACUUAUGGAUCGACUAAUGGAACUCACAGAUUACAUGGUUCGUCGAAUCAAAGAAAUGCCUGAUAAAUUCUACUUGAUUCUUGAACCUGAAUUAGUAAACGUAUGUUUCUGGUACCUGCCGUCUCGCGUUCGUCAAAUGGCACACUGUCCACAGAGAGAGAAAAUUUUAGGAGAAAUAUGUCCUAUUUUGAAAGGCCGGAUGAUGCAAGCUGGAACAUUAAUGGUAGGUUAUCAACCAGAUGAUCGAAGACCAAAUUUCUUUAGAAAUAUCAUAUCAAGUGCUGCAGUCACAGAAGCUGAUGUCGACUUUCUAUUGGCGGAAAUGGAUCGAUUGGGUCACGAUCUGUAAAUAUUGAUCGCAUCAAGUUUUUUUCAGGUGACUGAGGGUUGUGGCAUUUUUUUAAUGGUGCUCGCUAUAUUUCAGAAAAAUAUAAUCUAAGGGAAAAAUGUCUAUCUAUAUGCGAGUAAACAAAACCGUGAGAAAAAUGCCAUUUACCAAAAUGUAUAAAAUCUAUGAAGCCAAUUAAUCUCAACCACGAAUAUUAAGAUAAAACAUAUGCAAAAGAUUGCAAUGCCCAGGCGUUAUUUAUUGCUUGUUAUAAAACUUAUGAAUUUUUAAGUACAUUUCGAAUGUCAUAUAACGCCGUUUUUUUCGAGGUAUCAAAUUGAUUACUUUCUGAAUCAUUCAAACCAGAACAAAAAUUUCUUUAUUGGUUUAUUUGGAAGACAUCGAAUGAAUAUAAUGCUAAUUAUUAGUUGAAAAUAAUUUGGCAAAUUUAAAUAGUUACAAUUUUAUUAUUUACUAUUUUUAAUAUUUGUAUUUCUAUUUCUUUCUAUUUAGAUAAUUUCUUAAUAAUUAUCGGUUUUCUCGCUAACGAGUGAACUGGUAUAGUUUAAAAGCAAAAAGUGUCAUAAGAAAUGAAGAAUAAGUAUAAAAGUGAAAAAUAGUAUAACCUCAGCGGUAAACGGGAAUUAUAGUUUAUACUAUACAAUUGAUAUAUUCAUUCUAUUAAAUCAUAAUAAUUGUUGAAAUAUUAAAAUUUGUUAAAUAAGUUUAAAAACUCUUAAUUUUAAUUAAAUAUAAAAAGUUUGAAUGUUAAAUUAAUCAUUUGUUAAAUGUUUAAAUGAUUAUGAACAGAUGCUUUUAAUCUUUAAUUAAGUCUAUAGUCUAAUAAUUAUUUAAUUUAACAGUUACUUAUUAACUAUCUUACUAAUUAAUUUAUUAUUUUUAUUAUUAUUAAUUUAAUAUAAUUUAACUUAAUAUGUAAAUUUUUAGCUAUGCAAAGAGUCAGAGUUGAAUUUUUCUUAUGACACAUUGCAAUUAGAGUAUAAAUUGUUAAAUCGGUAAAGUAGAGUUGGCGUCUUUAUGAAAUCUACAGCCAAUUAAAGAAAGUAAGAAGCGAACAAAAGUGCAUAAAGAUAAUGCGCUUUGCUACAAAAUAGAUCUUUCAAAUUAGCUCACGAUAGUUUGCAAAAAAUACAAAUAUAUAAUAUUCUCGCGUACAAGAAUUUUUUUAAUAAUUUGAAGUAAAAUGUGUUGCAUAUAAUAUACAAAUCUGAAAAACGCUACUCCCAAAAAUCAGAAAAUCCUUACAAAACUAUAAAUAUAUAAAAGCUGCAAAUCAGAAUAAUUUCUCUUAAAAUAAAAAAAAAUUAGAGGUUUUUAUUUAGAGUAUAAGUAUUUUUGUUGAUCGACAAUAGUUAAUUUAACUAUUAAGUUUGUUAAAAUAAUGAUUUAAAUAUUUUCAAUUUAUCUAUAAUUACAGUUUUUCUGCAGACAUCAAAUUGAGACAAAAAAAAGUAUCAAAAUUGAUGCGGUGCAACGUUUUGAUGGGUUAUUUGUCUCAAAUUUGAUAUCUGCAGAAAAACUGUGAACAAAUUGGUUGAAAUAAGAAAAGUUAAAAAGUCAAAUAGUAACAGUGUUGUUGCACAUCAUUUAGUGUGUAAUAUUUAAGAAAUUUGAAUUUUAUUCUCAUCAGUUGAAAGAUAUUUAAACCAGAGAAAUGUUUAAUAAACACUUACUACUUUUUCUGGUCACUGUAACCGGAAAUUGUACUUGAAAAAAGCCUUAACAAAAAAAUAUAAUAAUACGUUAUUUCAAAUCACUAUCUAAUGUGAUUAGAGUUUUAAUAUUUUUAACUUGAAGAACAACAAUAAAUAAUUAAUAACUGUUUGAACAUAAACCAAAUUCUAUACUUCACAUUAUAUAAGUUUUUGGAGUUUACAGCAGUCAAUAUGUAUAAUCAAUAUUUAAAGAACCUGAAAGAAACAAAUUUAUUAUAAAAUACGACAAAGCAAUAUAGAAAAUUUAUUUUGAAAGCUACUAAAAAAAAGAUAUUUUUUUUAUUGUUAUAUAAAUAAGAGACUAUCUAUAUAAAUUCAAUAUUCUGCAAUAUUGGAAAGAGAUUUGUUUCAAUAUAUAUAUAACAAAAAAAUUUAGUGCAUAUAUUAUAAUUUAAUAAAAAGGAAAUACUUGUUGCUUAUAUUAUUGGUUUCUGCGUGAAACAUUUAUAUAGAUAUAUAUAAAUUGUGAAAUAAGAAAUAACACAUCUAUAUAUGAAAUAUUUGUUUGUUAUUCGAGAGAUGAAAUGAAAAGGUAAAUAAAGAGAGAAUAUAUGCAUACAUAGGUAUAGCAAAAUAUAUUUAGAAAUAACAUCCUUAAUAAGGGGCCAAGAGCUACUCACGAGAAUAUUGAUCUCCUCCUUCCGGGUUUCUUUCAAUUAGAUAUCGAUAGAAAUAAUUUCUAAAAUAUCGAGCAAUAAAAUCCGAGGCCAAGAAGAGUUCAUUCCUGUCUCUCGUGAUAACUAUACAAUAAAUAACGUAACCGUUUUCGGAAUAGGAAGAGUUUCCAGGAAUUAUAAUAUUAUUAUUACUUUUUUUCUUUUAUCAACUAACACUUAUUUUAUUAGGUACACUUUAAAUGUUUCAAUUUCGAGAAGUUAAUUUUAAAAGUAAUCGCAAAUUUUCAAUAUUCAUUUCAAAAUUCAAACAUAAAAAGAAAGUGGCAAAGUUUCCGAAAAAUGUGUUACGUAGUUUAUCAAGUCCCUCUAUAUCAUGAAAAAAAUACAAAACCCAUGAAAGUAUGUUUAAUCAGACAAUUAGGUUGAACUUAUUUUCUUUCAAAAAUUAAUUUUACAAAAUAAUCUAUUUUGUCUUCAAUUAUGAAUUUUUCUUAAACUUCUUGGAAGAGUAAUUUUUGUUUAUCAGUAAAAAUUUUUAUAAGCCGAGCCUAUAUAUGAACACGAUAAAAAUUUAAAUUACUGUAAUUGCUGCAAUUGCAUGAUUUGCAAAUUACUCACCACUGUGGAAUUAAGAAAGAUACAUAUAAGUAAAAACAAAUAUAUAGAAGAUAUAAUUCUAUAAAAACAAAACAAAAUUACGUAUCUCCUUUGAUACUUAUAACCGACAUGUUGUUCAAAAUUUAUAAAGUACUAUCUUAAAUUUUUCGUUGCUUAGAGACAAUAAAUUUUCACAAAGUUAUAGAAAAUAACUGACUUUAGAGAAUUUAUAAUUUAGAGAAUUUAUUUUCUCAAACGGAAAAUAUACUAUACUCUGUCCGUUGCAUAAAGAAUAUUAUUUGUAGUAUCGUUUUUUAAGACAUUUUACUUGUGCAAUGAAGAGAAAAUUUUAUUUUCGAUAGUCAAGUUAUCGUCAAUUUAGGAAAAGAAGUAAUUAAUAUCAGUUUAUAAAAUUUAUGUGUAUAUAUAUGCCCAGAAAAAGGUGAAAAGAUUACCUUCAACAAUCUGUAAAAGCUUGACGAAAUAUGUCAGUCCAGUAAGAGUACUCAGACAAUAUACGACAACGCAGUUUAUACUGUUAGGUACGUGCAAAAUAUAUAUAAAAGUGGUUGUAGUGCGUAUUUUUGGAAGCACGUUAUUUAAACAAGUAAACUGUCUAAUUAUCAAUUUUGUUGAUGUUACUGUUUCAAAAGUUCAUGUAACAACAUCCUAUAUACUUGAUAUAUUUGAAUAGUGGAUACAUAUUUUGAAAGAAAUAUUUGAACAUACAUAUCUUUUUGGAUAUUUUUUAUUAAAUGAUUCCAUUUAUCAAAAAAUAUAAAGUUAUUCUUUUGAUGUGAGUCCUUAAGUGCCAUGGCAAUGAUUUUAGUCAUCAUUGUCCUGGUCCUUCAGGGGUCGUCAAUCCGUAUAAUUUUCAACGAUGAAUUUACGGUAAAUAUAAAGACAAUAGUUUUACAAAAUCCUAGUAAAAGAUUUUUUUAAAUUACUUUAAAUUAUUUAUUGCAUUUUGUCGAUACCUGUGUAUUAUUUGACAAAUAUUUUUUAGUGUUGUAUUGUGAUGCAGAAAAAGUAUUGAAGUGUUAUUGUACCGAUUUCCUCUAAUUUUUUAGUCUCUAUUUAAUUAUAUAUAUACCUACAUAUCACUUUUUUCAAGAACUUUGUAUUACAAGUUAGCAACUUUAUAUAUUUACGAAAAUGUCUUUAUCUUCUUUUCUGCAUUGCAAACUUAAAAAAGGGGACUUUUUUGUAUAUAAAGUUUGACACAAACUUGUAUGUUUUGCCGCUUUGAAUUUAUAUUCAAAAUAUUGGAUAUGAUAUGUUAAUUUGUUUUAAACCUUUAGUACUAUUCACUGGAAAGCAAAUGUUUCUUACUUGAUUCAAGAUCGUAAAAUAUUGUAUAAAAUUCAUUUCACACAUUUAUUUUAAAUUUACCUACAAUUUUUUUUUUGUAUUUGUUUUCAAAACACGUACGGGAUAAAGAUUUUUUUCUGUAAAAAUAGUAAUAUUUGAAGAAUUCUUUAUGGAAAAAUGUUAUAGAAUAUCAAUUUUGUCCACCAGUGGGUAUAAUAAAAGAAAGCAAUCUAAAUGAAGUCUAAUUAAAAAUCCUUAAAAAUUCUUAAAAAUCCUUGUUUAAAUAUCUAUUGUAAAAUCUAAAAGGCUUUAAAAAUAAUAGAAUGUAGGUUUUAAGUAAUAAGAAUAUUGUUGGCUGUGAAAAUGAAACGUCAAAGUACAUUAACAAACUUCUUUACAGAUUUUGCAAUGUUUGAUUUUAACUAAAUGUAAAACUUACAUAAAACCAGAAAUCUAAAUUUAAUUUAUACAUUCGAUUUACAAAACAUACAAUUUGCAGACUUUUGCAGGCUUUUGCAUUAUUACAAGCGUGAAGCUUUUUUAAACUUAAAGUUCAAUAUACGAUGUAGGCAUAUUCUUUGACAAUACUUGACAUUAAAAAUAGUUUUUAAUUAAUAGCUAAUAUGUAAAUAUGCAACAACACCCAAGUUUCUCUGAAUGUAUUUUUCCUUUAUAACAAUAAGUAUAUGUAAAUAAAAACAUUUACACUGUCUGUGCUGACAAUAAGAAAAAAGUAUGUUAAAUUUAUGAUUUUUGCGGAAAAUACACACAAACACUGUUGAAGUAAAGCUUUAAAUAUAUAUCGUUUAUUGUUAAAGAAUGAGGAAACCGGUACAAAUAAUAAAUGCCAUGUAUACACCGUCGAGAAUUGUUAUAUAAUAUAUGUACAAGGUAACACGAAUAACAACAAAAUCUUACGUCUUCCAGUCAAUAGCGUACGAUGUAUAAUUACAUAUUAUAUUAGGAAAGCGUUUGCAAUGUAUAUAUUAUAUAUCUGUAUGCAUAUGAAUAUGCAUGCAAACAUGCAAUAAUUGUACUGUAUGCUCGUUGAAAAUUUAAGUAACAAAUCUUGGCCUGAAAACAGUUAACAUUGCGCAAAUCAGAUAGAUAAAACAAUGAUAUGUAAUAAUUAUAAAUACGUUUCUAUUGUUUCGUGAGCAUGUUGUGCCGCUGUGGACAAAAAAAUAUUUAUCCAAAAAUAAUACCCUAAAACACCUGUAUAUCAAUGUCUAUUAAACUGCUGUUGAUUGAAUCAAUCUGUUCUUUAAAUUAUUUUCAUCCUACCUACUAUAUCUUUUUCAUCGUUUUUUUCAAAUUACAAGAAACAAACAAACAAACAUUGGAAUGUUAGAAUUUAAAAACAAAAUAACAAAACAGACCUGACUG